AUGUUUGGGAUUGGGGAUCGACUGCGGAUGGUUAAGGUCAAAGGCGCCGCUAAGCUGUUUCCGCCCGACGAGGAUAGAGAGAUCCCAAUUCUGGCACAAUUUGCAGAUUACCUGUCCCCGGAAGUUUGCGCAGUCACAGUCGACGACGAUGGACUCCUUGCUGGAGUCUCGACCGAUCCGAAAGAGGAUGAUACCCCCUUUGUUGCAUAUCUUCCCAUCUCCGUUGUUGAAUCGCUUGGCGAUUGCCGUACAGUUCAGUACUCUAAACUUCAGGAGGUCGAUCGGCUUGGACCAGGUGUUGGUCUUUUAUCAUACGAAGACGAAUAUGGGAUUCCUCAUAAGGUUGCCUUUAAAUUCAACCCUUUGGACAAGCCUCAGAGACUACAGAUGGCGUGGGAUGAGCUCAACCUUCUCAAAAGUCUGCCACCACAUCCCAAUAUAGUACCCUUUGAUCGUAUUGUACUCGAAGAUGUGGAGUCUCAGGUGAUUGGAUUCACCACGAAAUACAUUUCAGGUGGAACCCUCGACAAUAUCAAUGUGCCUUUCCGAUUUGAGUGGUUGCAACAGCUUACCCAACUCGUGGACUUCCUCAAUCUGGAACUGGGAAUCAUGCAUCAAGACAUUGCACCCCGUUAUCUCCUUAUCGAUUCUGACACACACAAGAUCCUUCUUUUUGAUUUUGAUUGGGCUGCAAACGGAAAGAAACGCUUGCUGGAAGGUCGAGAUGACGUAACUGCUGUUGUAUUCACACUCUACGAGCUCAUCACGAACGAUACACAAUUCACGAGUAUACCUCACUUGAAUCGAACCUUGGACAUGGUGCAGAGUAUCUCGGAAUGGGCUUGUAGUCUGGAGCUGGACUGUGAUGUAUCAAAAUUCCGCAACUUCUUGAAUGAUUGGGUCGCCACGCGCAAAUCAGAUGGGGACUUGGGAACGAUAUCUCAACGCACCCAACUGGCUUACAUGGCCGGAACUAUCAACCGCGCCCGAGUACAAUGUACCUUUCGAGCUGGGUAA